AUGAAGAUGAUAGUGGCCUUCCUCCUCCUGGGUUGCGUGGCCUCCUCGAGAGCCAUUUUCUUCGACCUCUUCAAGAAGGAAACGCAGCAGGCUGAUCCCUGGCCUGCACAACCAGCCGACCCCUGGGCGCAGCCUGUCGAUCCCUGGGUUCAGCAGCCUGUAAGUGCCUGGGCUAAACCAUCCUUCCAGCCUGUAAUCAAGGAGGUUCCUAUUUACAUCCCAUACCCUAAGUUGGAGCCCGUGCCCAUCUCCAAACCCGUGCCCAUCUUCAAGCCUGAGUUUGUGGAAGCCCCCAUCCCCGUGUAUAAGCCCCAGAUCGGCCUCCCAGACAAGUUCUUCAACUUCAAUGCUAACGUGGGACUCCAGAAGCAGCCUCAGUACUACCAGCAGCCCCAGCAGGUCCACCAGCAGGUCCACCAGCAGCAGCCCCAGGAGCACCGCCAGCCCGCCACGCCCUCCACCGCCUACCAGUCUCUCCUUCAGGAAGUUACCGUGGUCGUCGCCAGGCAGUAUAGCCAAACCUCAUUUGAUUGGCGAGAAUCCUGCAACAAACAACCUAUGAGUCACCGAGACUGA